AUGGAUGCUUUGGUUUGUGUUGAUACUGUUGAUGAUGUGGUGAGCGGCAUCGGACCCCAAUACACCGUCAAGGCUCGAGCUGACGCAGAGACAAAAGUCGUGCUCUCUUCGAUAGAGGCGGGCUGGCAGGUCGAGGAUUCGAGCCUGCCCCCUACGUCGGUAGCCUCGCAGCAUCGCAAGAGGUUGAAGAAACUCGACCAGGUCGCUCCGGCUCAAUCCCUGCUCCACUGGAGAGCCGAGAACACUGCCAUCUGUUUGGAAUCGCUGGAAGAAACCGAUCUCAUCCGCGAACUCCGCUGUGGCCACGUCUACCACGCCAACUGUCUGAGCCUGUGGGUCGAACGUGGCCACCACGAUUGCCCUCUUUGCAAAUACGACAUGUUGGGUCUGAUGAAGAACUUCUUGAAACCUCAUCCCGACGACGACGACGACACUGUUGUCGCCCCUGAUGCCGUUCAAGAAGCUGGUCAACCCUCUGGCGAGACGCAUAACGAACAUACCCCUGACUAUGGGAGCAUAUCGAACAAUAGGACUCCCGAACCUUGA